UGUUGUGUGUGCAACAGGCGGACGCGCGACGAUGACGGUCUGUGCACGCUUGCUUUGAUGAGGAUUUUCUCGAUGUUGUUCCUCGAUUACUAACAUUUAUCUGGUGUAUGUUGGAGAAAUAUCAUCUCGUUCGGCAUCCUCGAAAUGGAAACUUUGCAGAAUACCGGAGCUGUCCGUCCGCCUAGGGCGGUCAACAAGAGAUAUCCGAAUCAAGAGGCCAGCGCGCAGGGGGAAAAUGCACUGGGAAGAUUGCUCGAGAUCAAGGAGGAUAUCAGAAUCGACUCUGUUUACGGAUUCCGUCGAGUCACCGACUCGAAAGAGAGGAUAGGAUUUUUGCUCAAUAUGCACGCGACGGAGAUUGUCGAGGAUGAUAAGCGUCUGUUGAGUGGCGUGGAUUACUACUUCAUCGAGGAGGAUGCUACCAGAUUUAAGGUGUCACUGCCGUUUUCGCCGUACUUUUAUAUUUUAUGCCGUAAAGAUACAUUUGAGGAAGUGUCGACGUUUUUGUCCAAGAAGUACACUGGAAUUUUGACGAGGAUCGAGACUGUUUACAAGGAAGAUCUUGACUUGCCUAAUCACUUGAUUGGUCUGAAACAAAAAUACUUGAAGCUUUCUUUCGCGAAUAUAGUUGAUUUGACGAAAGUUAAGCGCGACAUUGUGCGCGUCGUUAAAGUUAACAAAGAGCGAGAGAAAAGCAAUACUUACUACACAGACAUGCUAGCGACCACUUUGCAACCAAACGAACAGGAUAGCGGUAAACAGAUUUUAGAUCACAUGGAUAAUAUUCUUGAUAUUAGGGAACAUGAUGUACCUCAUCAUGUCCGGGUGUCUAUAGAUGCUAACAUCUUCUGUGGAAUUUGGUAUUCGGUAAAGAGCAGAGGGAGCGAGCCGCCUAUAAUCACGCGAAAGAAAGACAUGAUCGAACCGCCUGAACCUAUUGUGUUAGCAUAUGAUAUUGAAACAACAAAGCUGCCACUGAAGUUUCCAGAUGCCAGUAUCGAUCAGAUUAUGAUGAUAUCGUAUAUGAUAGACGGGCAGGGAUACUUGAUAACGAACAGAGAAUUAAUCUCUGCGGACAUACGAGAUUUCGAAUAUACACCAAAGCCGGAAUUUGAAGGACCUUUCACGAUAUUCAACGAGCCUAAUGAGAAGGCAGCUAUAACAAGAUUUUUCGAUCAUAUCAAUGAGAUUAGACCGCAUAUAUUCGUAACGUACAACGGCGAUUUCUUCGACUGGCCGUUCGUCGAAGCUCGUGCAGCUAUACACAACAUGGACAUGAAAGAGAAAAUUGGUUUUUCCAAAAAUCGCGAAGGUAUUUACGUCUGUCGAGCUGCUAUGCACAUGGAUUGCUUAUGUUGGGUGAGACGUGAUUCUUACCUCCCAGUGGGUUCUCAAAACUUAAAAGCUGUUGCUAAAGCUAAAUUGAGGUAUGAUCCAGUGGAACUCGAUCCGGAAGAUAUGUGCAGAUUAGCAUCGGAAGAGCCUGAAGUGCUCGCGAACUAUUCUGUCUCGGAUGCUGUGGCAACAUUUUAUCUCUAUCAGAAAUACAUACAUCCCUUCAUAUUUGCGUUAUGCACUAUUAUUCCUAUGGAACCCGAUGAAGUACUCAGAAAGGGAUCUGGUACGCUGUGCGAAUCACUUCUUAUGGUGCAAGCUUUCCAAGCUAAUAUUAUAUUUCCUAAUAAACAAGAAACCGAGCUAAAUAAACUGACAAAGGACGGCCAUUUGCUUGACCAAGAAACCUAUGUGGGUGGACACGUGGAGGCCUUGGAGUCUGGUGUUUUUAGAGCUGACAUCCCUUGCCGUUUCAAAAUUGUGCCGAGCGCCGUGGACGAAUUAAUCGGUGGUGUAGAAAAUGCCUUAAAGCACACGAUACAAGAGGAGGAAAAAAUACCGAUCGACAUGGUUACGAAUUUCGAUGAAAUAGUAAAUGAAGUUAAGGGGAAAUUGAAGGAGCUCAAGGAUCAACCUUUGAGAUUAGAAAAUCCUGUAAUUUAUCACUUAGACGUUGGCGCUAUGUAUCCUAAUAUAAUUUUGACUAACAGAUUGCAACCUUCCGCGAUAGUAAAUGAAAUGGAUUGCGCGGUGUGUGAUUAUAACAAACCUGAUGCUCUCUGCCAAAGGAAGAUGCAAUGGAUGUGGAGAGGCGAAUAUUUGGCUGCAAGUUUGGGUGAAUAUCAGAGAAUAAAGCAACAAUUAGAAACUGAAAGGUUUCCACCACAAUUUCCUGGUGGUGCUAAGAGAGCUUUUCACGAAUUGACCACGAAAGAGCAAGCUACAUUUCAAAAAACUAGGCUUACCGAAUAUUGUAAAAAAGCAUACAAAAAGGUCAAAAUUACCAGAAUGGAAGAGAGGACGCAAACGAUUUGUCAGAAGGAGAAUUCGUUUUAUGUAGACACCGUGAGAGCGUUUAGAGAUAGAAGAUAUGAAUACAAAGGAUUAACUAAAGAUGCCAAGCGACAAGUGGCAGCAGCGGUCGCGAAAGGAGAUGCGGCUGACAUAAAAUCUGCCAAGAAUAGGGAAGUUUUGUACGAUUCUCUUCAGCUUGCUCACAAAUGUAUUCUCAAUUCUUUCUACGGCUACGUUAUGAGAAAAGGAGCGCGAUGGCACAGCAUGGAAAUGGGUGGCAUCGUAUGUUACACAGGGGCCCAUAUUAUUAUGAAAGCUAGAGAAAUUAUAGAAAAGAUUGGUCGCCCAUUGGAACUAGAUACUGAUGGUAUAUGGUGCAUAUUACCUGCGUCUUUUCCAGACUCUCUUAUAGUUCACACUACUCAUGAAAAAAGGUCGAAAUUUACGAUCUCGUACCCGAAUGCGGUUCUUAAUUUUAUGGUGAAGGAUCAAUUUACUAAUGAAGUAUAUCACGAGCUUGUGGAUAAAGAUAAUUUAACAUACGAAAUCAAAAACGAGAAUUCGAUAUUUUUCGAAGUUGACGGACCGUAUCUAGCGAUGGUGUUACCCGCCGCCAAAGAGGAAGGGAAAAAAUUGAAAAAACGAUAUGCAGUUUUUAAUUUUGACGGUUCGCUAGCCGAGUUAAAAGGAUUUGAAGUGAAAAGGAGGGGUGAAUUGCAACUGAUAAAAAUUUUUCAAGCCUCUGUUUUCGAAUCCUUCUUAAAGGGAGACACAUUAGAAGAAUGUUACGCUUCGGUCGCGAAAGACGCAGAUUAUUGGCUGGAUUUACUGUACAGCAAGUGUGCGAAUAUGCCUGAUUCCGAAUUGUUCGAGCUGAUAUCCGAGAACAAGUCUAUGUCGCGUAAGCUGGAAGACUACGGCGCGCAGAAGUCCACGUCGAUUUCUACGGCUAAAAGAUUGGCCGAAUUCUUGGGCGAUGAGAUGGUCAAGGAUGCAGGUUUAGCUUGUAGAUAUAUUAUAGCGAAUAAGCCGCAAAGCGCACCGGUCACCGAGCGCGCGAUACCGUUGGCUAUCUUCCAAUCGGAGCCGGCUGUGCGAAGACACUACUUGAAGAAGUGGUUGAAGGAUCCUACCUUGUACAGCGAUGAUAUAAGAGAUAUCUUGGACUGGAAUUAUUACAUCGAGCGACUCGGCAGCGCUAUUCAAAAGAUCAUCACUAUACCAGCGGCGAUGCAGGGCUUAGCGAAUCCAGUUCCACGAGUGCAGCAUCCACCCUGGUUACAUAAGAAAGUGACGGAGAAGAGUACGUCCCAUCGUCAGAAAAAGAUCACAGAUAUAUUUUCUGUGGUGGCUAACGACACAUCUCGCGCGAACAGCGCCGAGCAGCCCCGCGAUAUUGAAGAUCUCGCGGUCGCAGGACCGUCCACCAGCUUCAACACUCCGGUUGUUAAUCAGAGGAAGAGGCAGCAUUCAGACGAGGACGAGGUGGUCAGGGCCAGGAGUUGGAAAGAGGCUCUGGGUUCACCUCCUCCCAGGGGAACAACGAGAGAGGAGAAGCUCAAGUGGUUGGAGUUUCACAAGAAAAAGUGGGCCUUCCAGGCUAAACAGAGGCAUCGCCAUCGGCAGAAGAGGAGCAAGACGGACGAGAGCGACGGAAUUGCUUGGGGAGUUAUACGAAAUACGAAUACGAAUACCAUGACCGGCUUUUUGAGACGCGCUCAAAGGAAAUUGCUGGAAACUCCGUGGCAAAUCGUUCAGCUGUCGGAAACCGGUGAGCCCGGCAUGUUUCGUAUGUGGAUACUGGUCGACACGCAGCUGCAUCAAGUGCGGCUCGUAGUGCCCCGCAUAUUUUACGUCAACACUCGCAAACCGAGGCCCGAUCCGGGGCCCAACGAGCUCUGGAAGAAGAGCUUCAAAUCGUUGCCACGCUCUCGCCCGGUGUACAACUUGUAUCGAUAUUCUCUGCCGGAAUCUCUGUUUCAAGAGCACAGCCGGGAGCUCCUGGAGGAUCUGAGUAAGCCGGAAAUUGAAGGAAUCUACGAGACGCAAAUGUUACUGGAAUUUCGGGCCAUAUUGGAGCUGGGAUGCGUGUGUAUGGUCGAUCCGCGUGCCGCGCGUAAAAUGGCAGACGGAGCCGACACCUUCACUCUGGAUCAAUUGGAGUACAAGAACAUCGGCUUUCGACCUUACCUCAAGCAGACCCAGUCGAUCAACUGCAUAUUCCUCUAUCAUCAUUGGAGCGCGAAUCGUCAGAGAGCACUGUGGGGCUUAUUCCUGAGCGCCAGCAAGAGAGCUCACAUAUUCGUCUUGGAUUCGGUCGCCUCCAAUCAGCUGCCGGGCAUGGGUACGCUGUACACGCAGGAACGUAAGGCAAUGUUGGAAAAAAUUGGCGAAGACAAGAUGAACAAGUUGCCUAAAACUAUGCAGUUCGUCGUGCAAGUUGAGACGAACUUUCAGCAGGUGUGCCGUACGCUGCAGGCGGCCCUGACAACGUAUAAGAACGAAGGCCGCGGCGCUACGAUUAUUAUCAAUCAAACCGCUCUCGACCGAACGCUGUUAACCACCGAAAUGCCGCUUCUCAACGAAUUCCCACUCGUCAGCACGCACGUGCGAGACGUUGAGAAUCUGUACGGUACGUUGGAGUGGCAGAAGAUUGGCGCGAAAAUGAUGGUCAGACACUACCUGAAGAGUCAACAGAUCUUCGAGCUGAUGGCGGAACAAUGCCGAUUCUUUCACGUGCCUAUCGGCAACGUGCCCGCCGAUCCCACGCUCUUCGGCGCGGAUCUGUUCUACGCCCGAAAUUUGCACAGGAACAAUUUUGUCCUGUGGUGCUCGCCCACGGAGAAGCCCGACUUGGGCGGCAGCGAGAACGACGACAACAGGCUGCUGACGGACUUCGAGGAGAGUUCGAGCUGCGCCGCGAACAAUCCCGGCACGUAUUCCAGCGUUUGCGUUCAGUUGGACGUAGACAGUUUGGCGAUCAACGCGUUGUUGCAGUACAAUCAUAUUCACGAUAUAGACGGAACCAGCACGUUCGUGGCGUUUCACAAUCAACAGCGUCCAUCCGUUCAGGACAUGGCGAUGGGCGGCGACGCUGCGAAAAAUAUUCCCAGUUACGACGAAAUUACUCUCUGCAAUCCGGCGUUUAAAACGUUGCGAAGUAUGGUAAAUGCAUGGCUGCUCGACGUAUCCGUGUAUAAAAAUGAAUUCGCCGACUACCAAUUGAUCCACUUCUAUCGGUGGUUGAGAUCUUCAAAUGCCUUGCUUUACGAUCCUGCUCUACGCCGUACUCUACACACUUACAUGAAAAAGUUAUACAUACAAUUAAUAGCAGAGUUCAAAACGUUAGGUUGUAUUGUAGUAUUUGCAAACUUCAACAAGAUCAUUGUAUGUACGAAGAAAAGAUCUGUGAGCGAUGCUUUAGGCUACAUAGAGUUUGUUGUCAAAACCAUACAGAACAAAGAGCUGUUUCACAGUAUUGAUAUUAGUUAUGCUCAAUGUUGGGAGUAUCUAAUAUGGCUUGACCUGCACAAUUAUGCUGGUGUUAAAGCGCAGUUACCUAAAAAUAAUACUGAAGAUAAUAAUAAUACGGAAGAUGAUGAAAAUACUGAAAACGACGACGACGAUGACGACACGCCCCAAAUAGUGAUGAAUUGGAGUUUGAUGGAGUGCUUGCCUAAAGAAGCAGGAUGUUAUGCAAGUUUUAACGCUGUAGUAGCAGGAUAUAUACACGCAGUGUAUCAAUGUAUGAUUGAGACCGAACCCAAUAAUACUAUAAGGCCGAGAAGAAGACACAGUCAAAGCCAAUCAUUUAUAGCACCACUUGGUUUAGGUGCAUUGGAAAAUACAGCCGAGUUUGCCAAACAAUUGAUAUCAGGAGAAAUGUCUCAGAGAUUGUUCAAAAUAGCCCAAAAGAUACAUCGAAAUCUGCCGGAAAAAACAUUGACUCUCCUGGAGUAUCCUAAUGUGGAUAUGGGUGGAAAAGAAAUUAUAAAAAUCAAUCCUGCACUUGAAUUAAUCAAAGCAGUGUGCAAGGUUUUAUCUCUGGACAAAGAGGUGGAGCACGAGGUUUUCGACUUGAAGGCAAAUCUGUUACGGCUAAUUGGAGUCGGCAGCUACGGCGACAAUGUUGAGUGGAAGGAACCGUGUAUUUCUCUCGUUCUGCCAGAAGUUAUAUGCAAAGCAUGCAAUCACACGAGAGAUAUUGAUCUUUGUAAGGAUGAAUAUUGCACAAAUGAAAAUGACAGGCACAUGUGGAAAUGUCCUACCUGCAAUACAUCUUACGACAAUACAGAAAUAGAAUUUUCACUGAUUGACAAGUUGAAUCGCAAGAGCAUGGGUUACGUAUUGCAAGAUCUACAAUGUCGAAAGUGUAAGGAGAUCAAGCGAGAAAACAUGAACAUGCUAUGUUCUUGCUCGGGCGAAUACGUUAAUUUAAUCUCGCGAGACGAAAUCACGACAUAUGUAAAUAUUUGUAAAUCUAUAGCCACCAAAUGUAAAAUGAAUAUUUUGGCCGAGAUAGUGGAGAACACGAAACUUUUUACGAAUUAGUAACUAAA